UGGCGUGCAGCCGCGUGGGUCUGAUGGCCGGCUGGUGAGAUCAAGGCCCUGGGCAGCAUGGCGGCGCUCAGGGAGUCCUUCUCCACAGGCUUCGCGGUCACCUUCUCGCUUGCCGAGAAGUUCACGUCGUACGUGAUCGAUAAAACAGACAAGGCGGUCACGCAACUCUUUCCCGGAGCAAGGCGCGUCGACUGCCGAGAGGGCACCUUCGUGUACCACGUGGCCAGCAGGCUUCCCUGGAGCGAGGUGUUCUCUCGGCUCAACACGGUGAGCCAGUGCGUCAGGUUCGAGUCCGUGCUCGUGGCCCAGAGCUCGCUGGACGAGGUGCUGCUCGGCAUGGGGCGCGCCGAGAUGGCCGAGGACGCGACGGUGGGCAGGCUAGCCGCGUACGAGGUGUUCGGGUCCCACUACAGGGACGACCCCUGGGGUCGAGAGCGGCAGCUGAAGCACGAUCGCCGACAGAAAGUGCGCCAGCACCGCAAGAAGGACGCCGCCAAGACGAGCACGGAGAAAGCCGCGUAGACUGUCGCUCAUGGUGCUGUGAUUACGUCGCGUUGUUCUUGUUUUGUGUUAUAUAUGCCGGAAUGGCAAAUUUUCUUCAUGUGAGAGAGC